CUCACUCUCUCUCAAGUCUCAUCACUCCGUCUCUCUCCUUCUUCUCAAAAUCUCCGGCGAAAUUCACCGAUCCACAGCCACUACCGCCGCCUCAGCUCCUGUUCUCUCCCCCAUUCACUCGCGCCAGCACUACAGCUCACCACUGCUUCCACCGUGGAAUUGUGCACGCUGCUCUCUUCUCCGCUCAGCAAUAUCGAAAAGCCCUAGUUCUAUUUGUUCAUCAGAUAAUAGUAUGGCCGGGGCUGAAGGUGACAUCAGAGAACCAAUGAACGAGCAAGCCAUCGCAAAUGUAUAUGCUUCCAUGAGAAAUGAAAUCAACCAAUUCUACUCCAAGAUCACCGAGCUGGAAAUGGAGGUCAGCGAGCACUCCCUUGUGAUCAAUGCCAUAAAACCACUCGAUCCGUCAAGGCGGUGCUACCGGAUGAUUGGAGGCGUCCUUGUUGAGAGAACAAUCCGAGAAGUUCUGCCAGCUGUUCAGAGGAAUAAGGAAGGUCUUGAAGAGGUGAUUGCUCGGCUCAAUGAAGCGUCCGAGAAGAAGAAAAAGGAGCUGGCUGAAUUUGAGGCCAAGUACAAAAUCAGAAUCCGAAAGGGCGAUGCUGAGAUGAAGGACGAAAGCAAGAAGGAAGGGAACGCUCAGGGCGUCCUCGUUGGCCCUGCCGGUUCUAAUUAACUGCAGUUGGAGUUUCUAUGUUUCUAUAUCAUCUUUUUUUCCUUUUUAUAUCUAUGGUGGUGGUGCUCAUUGUUAAGAAAUAUUGAAGCUUUUCUUGGUUAGGACAUGACAACUUUGAACUUAUUCUAGUGAUUGAAAAUUUGAAACCUUUUAAGUUGAUAAA